CAUCUAUGAUUUUAUUUAUUCUGAGGUGCGUGAUUGCGAAUGCCAAGUCCGUGUUUCGUCUCUUGACAAUGUUAUGAUUUAUGGMGUAAUGCCGUAAUGCACUCUUACGAUUUUUUCCUACAGGCUCCUACUUCAAAUUGGAUCAUUGAAAUUAUCUUUGCCACGAAGGUCAAGGACAAACGUGUUCAAUUGAUAAGAGAACUGAUCAGCUUAUUGAUAUAAUAUUCAAAUACUUUUUCUCUAUUUCUCUGCCACUAUAAUAGUCUAAUACAUAUCUGUUUUAGUUUUACUUGACAUUUUCCCCUUGAGUCUCGACUAGUUAAAAGUUUUUUCUUCAUAACACACCAUUUCAUUUGUAUACUAAACAUGUCGUCCAAACAAAAAGUGUGCAUUUUAGGAUCGGGAAAUUGGGGUUCAGCAAUAGCAAAAAUAAUUGGUACAAAUGCAGCUCGUUUGGAUUCAUUUGAUUCCUGUGUUAAAAUGUGGGUUUAUGAAGAAAUAAUUGAAGGGAAAAAAUUGACCGAAAUAAUUAACACCACUCAUGAAAAUGUAAAGUAUUUACCUGGAAAGAAACUACCUGAAAAUGUGGUAGCUGUACCUGAUGCUGCUGAAGCAGCUAAAGAUGCUGAUAUUUUAGUGUUUGUUGUUCCUCAUCAAUUCAUACCAAAAUUGUGUGCUAGCCUUGUAGGGUUCAUAAAACCUUCCGCUACAGCACUUUCUUUGAUUAAAGGAUUUGAUGUAGCAGAAGGUGGUGGAAUAGCCCUGAUUUCACAAAUUAUCCAAAAACAUUUAAAAAUUGAUGUAUCUGUGCUAAUGGGUGCUAAUUUGGCCAAUGAAAUUGCUGAUGAAAAAUUUAGUGAAACCACUAUUGGAUGUAAAGAUAAAAAAAUUGGACAAAUUCUUAAAGAUGUAAUCCAGACUGACUAUUUCCGUGUCUCUGUUGUUGAUGAUGUUGAAGCUGUUGAAAUUUGUGGUGCACUAAAAAAUAUUGUGGCUGUCGGAGCUGGUUUUGUAGAUGGUUUGAAAUUAGGAGACAACACUAAAGCAGCUAUAAUACGUAUAGGUCUUAUGGAAAUGAUUAAGUUUGUUGAUACAUUUUACUCCAAUGCUCGACUCAGUACAUUCUUAGAAUCGUGCGGUGUUGCUGAUUUAAUCACUACAUGCUAUGGUGGUCGUAAUAGAAAAGUAUCUGAAGCUUAUGUGACAUCAGGAAAGUCAAUUGAAGAACUAGAAAAAGAAUUGUUAAACGGACAAAAACUUCAAGGACCAAUCACAGCUGCUGAAGUAAACUUUAUGCUCAAAAAUAAAAAUAUGGAAAAUGAUUUCCCGUUGUUUACAACUGUUCAUAAAAUUUGUAUUGGAGAAUUAAAGCCUAGUGAUUUAAUUGAACAAAUGAAAUUGAAUACAAACAUAAAAACUGAACAAGCUGAUGGAGAAUAAAAAAGAUAGUUGUUCCAACAUUGUUAGGUUGUCAUACAGUAUGACUUUAUUUUUGCAAAAGUUAGAUACUAUAUUUAUACAAUUAAUAUUUACAAUGCACAUCUAUGUCAGUCUGUCUCAUAUAUCUCUUGUUAAUGUUAAACGAUGUAGAAUUAUUUAUGUCACAUAUGUAGUUUUUAAAUGUU